AUGUGCGAGCAGGCAGCGCGGUACUGCCGGGCCGGGGUGCAGAAGCUGCUGCGGAAGCCGGCGCCGGCGCUGCGCGGGCUGGACGGGCUGCUGCGCUGGGCGGCGGGCAGGAUGGGCGACAAGGGCCUCGCCGACAGGGAGCUGCUGGCCCCGGGAGCCGCCGCUGCCCAGAGGAAGGGCACCUCCGUCAUCCUCGAUAUUUUCAGAAGAGCCGACAAAAAUGAUGAUGGGAAGCUGUCCCUGGAGGAGUUCCAGGCCUUCUUUUCUGAUGGAACACUCAAUGAAGAAGAACUGGAGAAGCUCUUUCAUACCAUUGACUCAGACAACACUAACAAUGUGGACACCAAGGAGCUGUGUGACUACUUUGCUGACCAUAUGGGAGACUAUGAAGAUGUUUUGGCCUCCCUGGAGAUGCUGAACCUCUCCAUCCUGAAGGCCAUGGACUACACCAAAAGGGUGUACGAGAGCGGCAGCAACGUGGACCAGUUCGUGACUCGCUUCCUGCUGAAGGAGACGGCGAACCAGACCCAGUCCCUGCUGAGCUCCGUGGAGAGUGCUGUGGAUGCCAUCGACGAGCAAACCAACCCCGCCAGGCACUACCCCAGCAAGGAUGGUCAUGGCCUGAGUGACACCUGGUAUGACAACCCUGUGCCCAGCUACCCUCCCACCACCUGGAUGGUCCCCAGGGAGCAAGGAAAGAGCUUCCAGGCUGGUUCCCCUGACACCAAGGCAGAGGGGCUGGAGGGGCAGAUCAACAGGCUGGCCAAGCUGAUUGGCAAGUUGGAGGACAAGACGCUGUGGUUUGACCUGCACCAGCGGCUGUCGGACAGCGAGAGCACGGCUUGCACGUACCUGCUCCUGGUGAGGAAUGAGAUGACAGUGUCACACAAGCACCUGGGCGAGUUCUGCAGCUCCCUGAAGCAGUACCUGAAGAGCGUGGCCGGGGAGCGGGACUGCUUCCAUGUCACUGCAGUGAAGCUGCCUGAUGGGGUCACCUUCAUCGUCUACGAGUUCUGGGAGACCGAGGAGGACUGGAAGAGACACCUGCAGAGUGCCACCUGCAAGAGCUUCCAGCAUGUCAAGGUGGACACGCUCAGCCAGCCUGAGGCCAUCUCCAGCGUGGCCGUGCCAGCUGCCUGGUGCACCCUGAGCCGAGAGUGA